CCUUUGCAACCAGCGCCACUCUCUCUCUCUCUCCAUCUCUUUGUCCACUACUUUGGAAGAACAGUAGUAACAGAGAAAGAGAUGGAUAAACAUCAGUUCAACUUCUCUUCCACUUAUUUCCUGUAUUAAAAAAUAAAAACACCAUUUCUUUCUUUCUUAAAUAACAUCUACACACACACACACAUGCUCAGAGAAUGGAUGUGAGUUCAAGCGCUAUGGCAGCCUCUCUCACCUGCGGCUCAAAUGACUCAGUGAAUGGACUCAAGUUUGGUAUGAAAAUAUACUUUGAGGAUGUGACUACUGCUGCUGGUGGUGGUGUUGGUGGGAGCUCUUCAAAGGGAUCAAGCUCGGUGACGGCGAAGAAGGGGAAGGGAGUGGUGCAAGGAGUGCAGCAGGCACCGAGGUGUCAAGUGGAAGGGUGCAAUGUGGAUCUUAGUGAUGUCAAGGCAUACUAUUCCAGGCAUAAGGUUUGUGCCAUUCAUUCUAAGUCC